UAUCGUUCAAAAUGCGUUUGGGUGUGCAGCGCGACGCUGACGACCCGUAGACGAUCCCCCGCGAAUAGCGGUCAUAAAUUGCUUUUACGAUUCACGUGCGUUUGUUGUUGAUAUCAUAAUAAUUAUUAUAGCCACCUAUAACUGAUGGUAACGUCGUCAGAUUUGACCGUGGAUUCGAAAAUAACACCGGAAAUGCAUUCGAGUACCGAUUAUGGGGAUAUGAUUUAAACAUAAAAUGGUGGAUAAUGUCAAUAACACGGAGCUGAAUUACGGUGACACGCCAUAUCCGGACGAUGGAACUCCGUGGUUGGAUACACCUACGUCCAACCAGGUGUUGGGCGUCGAAGAGACCGAAGAGACGUCGACCGUACCUUCGGAAAUGAUACCCACCGGAACCGGAGGUCCAAUUGUAAUACGGACCGAAGAGGCGUUCAUUGUCAUAUGUGUGAUGAUACUAUGGGUGGCGGCCAUCGCAUUGUUCUUCAACCGAUGGGGCAAAAUUCGCAUGCUUGAACCAUACCAACCGAAAUUCCACGAGGAAGAACACCGUCCAAGCUGCCCAAUGGUCGAAUUGGCUAGUGCUUCGGGAAUCGGUCAUAGUAUAACCGGAGGGCACCGCACGUCGUUCUCCAAGUUCAACGUGAACAGCUGCCUGGAACCGUCAGCCAUUUUCCAGACGAUACAGCCGACGCACCGGGCCCUGCAAAUCCGACCGCGGCAAAACUCCAUGUUCGCGGGCGGCGGCGCGUUGCCGGGCUCGUGCGGCCCGUCGCAGCUGACCGGCCACUGCACGCUGAUGGCCGGCCGUCCGCGGAAGGCCAAGUCGGCGGCCGACAUCAAGUCGCUGGUGCAGCACGAGUGCGGCCCCGCCCGGACCAGCCGGUCGAUGUUGCCGAUGACCGUGGGCGCGGCCGCCGUGGCCGCGGUGGCCGAGCGCCGGGUGUCGUGCGCCGCGCCCACGACCAACUCGUCGUUCGGCGGUUACGGUUGUGGCGGCGGCGGUUACGGUUACGGUUCGCUGUCGGUGGCCGCGGUCAAGGAACGCCGGUCGUGCAGCCUGUUCCCGUCGCCCGCCUCCGCGGCCGUCCCGUCCGAAAAACGUUUCUUCUCGUCGUCGUCGUCCACCAACACGCCGCCGGCCCCGUGCCUGUGCGACGUCCCGUUCGGCCAGCCGUCGUCGUCGUGGGCUUCGGCCAAACGCGAUUUCCUCAUGACGCCGUCCACGUCGCUGGGCGGCGGUUCCGGUUUCGGCGGCGGCGGCAUUGCGGGCGGCCGGCGCACGUCGUGUGGCAUGGACCACCUGUGCCCGACGUCCAUAACGCUGAAGGACCGCCGGCCGUCGUUCAACAACGUCAUCGCUCAGGUGACCGCCGAACGCCGCCCGUCGUCCAGCAUGCUCAGGAUCAGCAACGUUUAAUGCGGCGCAGUGCCAACUCUGCGGCAAAUGUCGUGGUUAGCGAUAUCAUAAUAUAUUAUAAUAUUAUCGUGUUAUUGUCAUGGUGUUGCGUGUACCAUUACGUGUGCGGCCGACCGUCCACAAAACGUAUAUUGUUAAGAUGCAGGUCGACUUACAAAAAAAACAAAAAAACCAAAUUUCUUUUUUUUCGGUCUUAGAGAACAAAUGCCUAUGAUCCGUAUAUUACGCUCGACGCCGUACGACUUUAAUAUAAAAAUUAUAACUCAACAUUAUUUUUAUCUCCUUCGGAAUCCGAGUUAUCGAGAGUCGACCGUAUAUAUUAUAAUAAUAUAACUAUUAUAAUACAUUAUCGUUUAAUAUACGGGUUUCAUUUUUAAAGAUAAGUCUACACACGCAUACGUUUUUUGGAUUGAAUAAUAUUCUAGCCACGUGACCUACGUUGGUUUGUUUUAAAUUAUAAUAUUGUGUGUAUAAUAUAUAUGUCGUUACUAUGUCAUGUGUACCUAUAAAAUAUAUUAUUAUUAUUAACGCGUUGUAAAAAGUGCCCCCUUCCAAAAAAAAAAAAAAAAAUAAUAAUAAUAAUAAUAAUAAUAUUAAUCAUUAUAAAUAUCAACUAGUUGAUUGUUGAAAUUAAAUUUAAACAUGUUGUAUAAUUAAAUUGGGAAAUACAAAUUCAACAAAGGAAAAUAAGUUACACAUUUUAUUUUCAAGAAACAUGUUCACAUCCCCCGGGGACAUCGUGCUUUUUAGUUCAAUUACAUUACGUACCUACCUAUGUGAUUGGCGCAGCAUAAUAACGAAUUUUUAGAAAAAGUUUUUCUACAGCAUUACAGAGUUUAUUACAAAAAAUAACAAACACAAAUAGGCCUCAGUGUACAAAUAUGCCACUCACGGAAAUUGACCCCCCUCCCCCCUAGAAAAAAAAAAUAAUCCCUAGUCCUCGUGCAUAAUGCGUAUACAGUGAUGUGAUUUAAUAUUUUAUCUAAGACUAUUUUUGUUUAAAUUUCGGAUUUAACCAUAUUCGGAUUUUUAAUUUUGAGGCAUAAUAGGUAUAUUCAAAGUUUAGAGCUACUUAGGUAUGAUUAAUGCAUUUUUUAAGUGACAAUUUAUGUUAUCAAGGUUUUAUUUUAUUUUUAAAAAAUCUAUAUAGGUACACGGUGUUAGGUGCAUAUUAUUGAAAAUACAAUAUAUUUUAAAUAACAAUCGUAGGUACAAGCUUUUACGUCAAUGGGUGUGACAGUGUACAGUGUGACAAAAUUCCAGUGAAACGACAUAUUGUACGUUGUCAUAAUAUUAUAUUUCCGGGCUUAAUCAUUUCAAAUCCGAAGAAACGUCGUGUUGUCAGUCUCUCGAAGAUUAUGUGCCCAAGGUGGUGUGUCACCUAUAUUAUACACAGGUUUCUUGUUGUAGAGCUAUAUAGCUACUAUUCAUAUACCUCUACGAUCGUUGUCUGAGUUAUUUAGAAUGUAUUGUAUUUACAUAAUAAUAAUAGUAUAUGUAUUAUAAAAUACAUUUAUAUUUCAAGCAUAAGAAUAAGGUGAUCUUGAUGUAUAAAAAAUAAUUAUUAAUAUAUUGAAUCCUCAAUAGAGUACGUAAAAAUACACCAUACCCGCAAUAAUCACAUCCAGCGUUGUCGUAAAAAAAAAAUAUCAAUAAUAACCAAUUCUAAUAUCCAAUGUUAUAAUAUUAGGUAAUAUAAAUUGUACUAACAUGUAAUUUAAAAUACUAAAUACACUUCUAAACAUGUCCCUAAUAAUAGGCACCAGAAAUGUUUCCGACCACAGAUGUCAAUACUUACACCCAAGUUUCGUUGGUCUACUCGUUUUGUUAACGACUAAGUAACACGCUAUAUUACAUUAUAAGGCCAUCAAAUACAUUUAUUUGACUUGUUUAAGUUUAAUUCGUGUCAAACGACAACAGUGGUAAAAAUGAUUUAAUAUUUUUGUUUUUCUUCUUUUUAAUGAUUGCUUUUCAAAUUUUGUCACAGUAGAAUAAUAAAAUAAUAUAAUGGUAAUAAAAAUGUGAAAAUGUGUAAGUAUGUCAAUUUGAUUACACUAAAAACUCUAUUUUCUUAUAUAAUAUCGAAUUUCAAUUUAAUAAUAAAAAUGUAUAACAUAAUGUCUAAUAAUAAUAAUAAUAAUAAUAAUAAUCAAUGUUAUAUAACGAAAGUCGAAUAGAUAAGCUUUAUGCCUGUAUAGUACAGUGUGUUUUGGAUUUGAUCGGGAUAAAUGUCUGUGACGAUAAUUCGAUUUGGCGAGAACGCGUUCACGAGUUCGGCCAAUGAUAAUAAAUGAAUCGCGUACAUCCUUAGGUUUCACUGCAAAGACGAUACAACCCGUCUAUAAAUGACCACGGUUUCGGACACAUAUUUCAAACGCGAUUUUCAGUGACGAUAACAAAUCAAUACAAAUGUUUCCUCUUGUAGGUAUGUUAUUAUUAUGACCCGUCCCUCAUUCUGAUUUCGGAUAAAGAGGAUAGCCUAUAGGGUUUCGAUAUGGACGCGUCACGUUCUCUGAACUUAAAACACACGGUGGAGAUAAAAUAUAUUAAUCACCAUGAAACGUUAUCCAAAGUCACUGUGUUGUGAACACGCCGAUAACAUUUAUCGAAAACCAUAAUAAUAAUAAUAAUAUAUAAAUCGUGUUGUGUACGCCGCAACGGACUCGUGACACGCAUUAUUCCCCUCGUGCCCUCGUGCGUUAUUAUAUACGUAUCGUAUCAAUACAAAACGAUGAUAGGCGUAAUACUGUACAGGUAUACAAAUACAUUUUAAGAGCGUUAGUACGCGUUUUAACGAAACAAUAUUAUUAUAAUAUUAAUUAUCCGUGUUUAUAAGAUUUAAGUUAAUUUAUAAUAUUGUAAUCAUUAUAUUUUACGUACGCUAUUUAAGGAAACAUAAAUAAUAACAUUUAGUUAGGCGAUAGCAGUAUAAGUUCAUUACAAUAUAUUUUAUUAUGGUUAAAAUGUUCAAUAAUUUAACAUCUGCAUUUAUCGUUGUGGCAAUAAUGUCACGUGAAAACGUUACGCAGCGUUGUUGAUACAACGAAUAAGGCCAAUAUUAUUAUAUCGUUUUAUCAAAAACCGUGUUUUUUUUUUUUUUUUUUAUUCGUCUGUCUGUCACGAGUAAUCGGUGUUAUCGCCGUAAUACGAUAUAAUUUUACUACCACUCCAUUAGUCUUUGACAUUAUAAUACGAUAUUAUUGCGUAAUGAUAUAUUUAAAAGUUUGGCCAAUGUCGUUAGUUCCUCGCGAUAAUCGAAACGUCAUUAUUAAAACACGGCGACGUUAUUCGCGGGACGGUUGAGGCUAUGCGAAUAUUUUUAUCAUUUUUAAAUCUAGUUUCGUUUCUACGUUUUCAAAACUCAUUACCAUAGUUAAACAAUAUUCAAGCAGCGUACGUACAUUUUCCUCUCAUAAUGACCUACGACGACGAGGCUACAUAAUUGACGAGCAUAAUACUAUGUAUAUAUAUAUACACGUGUUUAUUACUGUAUAAUAUUACGGCGUGCUACAUUCUAACCAUUUUUUUUUUUUAACUAAAAUUUUUUCCCCUAAAUCAAAUACCUCCGUCCAAUUAAUAAUAAAAUAUUAUAAGGGACAGCAGAUAGUUACGAAGAAUAAUAAUUGUCGAUACACAAUUAGAGAUGUAUAACGCAGCUCUGCAGCACGAAGAGCUUAAUUUUAAUUGAUUUUAUUUUUUACCCGACAUCAUAAUAAUAUUAUAAUGUACACUUUUUCAUAAGGGUUUGAAUAUCACGUUUUUUUUUUCUGGUUUUAAUUGUGCACUUUACUUAAUGUUUCCCUCUAUGUAGGUGUACCAGUGCGAGGGGUAAAAUAAUUAAACGUACGGUAGUGUAGUACAAAAAAAUGACACGAACAGGCUAAUGUUUUGUGACCGUCCUCUACGGGAGCGUGGGCGAUAAAAAAAAAUUAGGUGUUCCUAUGGUUAUAUGUUGAAAAAAAAAUUCUUAUAUGGUUUAACAAGUAAUUAUUUAGACAUAAUAUGUAAUCGUGUUAGGGAUAGAACAAUAAAUUGAAAUAAAUAAGUCGUAGCCGAAUAAUUACGCUGAAUGAUUUCGAUUCGUUUCACUUUUAAUGCAUCGUUUAGGUAAUGUAUUGCAAAAACAAGGUUAUAUAUAAAUUGCUAUUACUGUUAUUGGUUUCAUUGUGAGUGUACCACUUUCUGUAUCUCACCUGAGUGCUUACCCGUACCGAAUCUGACAUCGUUUGCCGAUAACGGUAUAAAAGUUUUUAAAUUGAAAAACUAACCACCAGCCAUGCGUGGAACUUUUCUAGUUUAUUGGUCAUUCAUAGCACGAGUACUUCGUUUUUAUUUAUUUAUUAAAUCCCAGGCGAUCAGUUAAACAUAUUAUACACAGUAGAUAGGUACCUAAUGCGUACGAAAAGAUGACCACACACAUACACACCCCUAGAAGCUAAAAGUACUAGACACGAUCGUUAGACUGUCCAACAAAGGGUGAGUUGUACGCCCGUUGUUGGUAGGUGCCACAGCUAUUAUUUCCAUUCUGAUCUACACGUUUUGUAAUUAAUUUUGCAUGUAUACCGAUUACUCGGGACAUAUAAGCCAGACGUAUUACGUCGGCGAAUGAACGUUGAAUAUGUACGUCUCUUUUAAUAUUUGAAAUACAAAAAAUAAUAAUAAUAAAAAUGAUUGUGUAUAAUAAAAACAAGAGUGGACGAAAGAGAUAUACAUAAUAACAAUAUCAUCGCGGGAAAAUGUAAAAUAGUGUAUUUUUUUAAACACUUAAAACAAAAAAAAUAUUCACAUUUCCCCCGUGGCAUUGUCUGGUUUGCUAUAAGAUAAUCGCCUUAUAUGAUCAGUACGAUUACAUUUGUGUAGUGUGCGCGUAUCUCGGGGAAACGUAAAAACAAAUAGUGUGCCCGACUUUAACUGAUCCCACUUUUAGCUAAUGCGCGCGCGUGUAAUCUCCUCGUAAAAACGGCAUGCGAUACAUUUUGAGAACAAUUAUUAUCGAAAACUACUCGGACAUUUCAGUCGACUUAAUGACGCGUGUAAAGUGCUGCUAUAUAUACACGGCGCGCGCAACGGUAUCGGAGAAUGUUAUUUACUGCCAUCGUGUCCCGUUUUAUUGUUUUCCGCUACACAUCCGUUUUUUUUUUUUUUGAAAAAUUGCCCACACCCCCCUCCGUCACGCGGAUCACAUAAUUUGACAUAACAGUUGUAGUAUCUUAUAACAAUAAUAUAGACGUAUAAACGUACCGGACGAGAGCACAACUGCAUACAUAACGCACAUGCAUUUCACUAGCCAAGUAUAUACUCGAGGUAAUAUAUAAAAAUGCAAAUUUUAAUUAAUUUUUUUUUUUAACCGUAACCAUUUCUGUUAAUAUGUAAUCUGUUGUCUCCGUUGAUAUGUUAUUUUUUUUUAAUAAUGAUUUGUUAAAUUCGUUUUUUCUGAUUAUCAUCUUGCCAUUCACCGAGAAAAUAAAAAUCGAAAAAAAAUAUAAAUAUUUUCAUUCCACUAUUGUUUUCCAUUCAAGUAAAAAACACAAUUCGACUUGUGUAAUGGGACAAAGAACGUUUCGUUGGAGUUUUUCCAAACACAAUGCUGAAAACAGGGACGGUAUUGAAAAAUAAAAACUGAACCUGUAUGGCUUACAUUAGACACCAUUCAAUUUAUUCAUCCAUAUCCCGCACUAAAUAACACGCGUGUCAUGCAAUUUUUUAUACUAAUGUAUGUGUGUGACCGCUUAUUUUCGAUAAAAAAUUAGUGUGAUAAAUAUAAUGGUUGCUUAUUGCAGAUCGCCAUCGAUUCUUCUACAACGACCUUGACCAUACAACUUUUUUAUUGAAAUUAUCGUCCACGAUUUAUGCUUUCGUCUCCGUCGCAAAAGUUCUCUUGUGACAUUCAUCAUAAUGUAUCGUCUUUGUAACUUACACUAUUAUGCGAUAAUUUGACGUACGUCCAGCAACUAGUGUACGAACUAAGCCGAAUUUCUCAUGCUCCAAUCAUAUAAACAUAUUGAAAAAUAAAUCGUAAAAGGAUUAAAAUAUUAUAAAAUACAAAACAUAAAAUACCUACAGAAAUUAUUUUUUCAACUUUUUAAAGUAGUUUGUAAAAUAUAUUUAUUAGUGUUAAAAUGAUAUUUAUCCUUUGAUAGAAAUCUAUAUAAAAUUUUAUCUUUUUUUCAAAGCUUUUGUCUUAAAUAAGUAUGCUUGUAGUUUUUAUUGAUAAUUAUAAUAAAACGAUAAUAUACACUUUAUAGUACUUAAUCAAAAAUAUUACGUUAUUUCUUUUCUUCACUAUAAUUUCGAAAUGUCAAUAGCUCUAGAUGAUUUAUAAUACAGGAAAUUUUAUUUUGUUGCGCCCGAGAUACUUGGAUCAAAUACAAAAGAUUAAUGUGAUGCAGCACAACCGGCAAUCGCCCAAUGUGUUAUUUGUAUUAUGUGUACUAUAUGUAUUACGUCAUUUAUGCAGACUUCGUAUUCAUCGAUAAAAUAAGGCAGAAAUGUAGUAUUGUUUACACAGAAUCUCUUCUGCUAUCGGUUAAACGAAAAAAAAAAUAUUAUUGAAAAUCAAGUGUAAUGCAUACAAAUUAAAUUAAAACAUAAACAAAAUGAAAGAGAUUUUCAAAAUAGAAUGAAAGUAUUUUUCAAAUAUAAUUUUUAAUAAUUGUCAACCAGCUUAUACAUAUCUAUGUAUAUAUAUAUAUAUACUUUUAACAAAUAAAUCAAUAACUACAGACAAAAUAUUAUCGACGAAAUAAAAUUAUUAUUUACCACUUAUCGAGGAGUGACAAAAAAUAACCUUUAGUUUGACGUCUUGUGAAAAAAAACUAAGUGUAUUAUAAUAAAUAUAAAUAAUGAUUCUUACUUGAAUUUAAAGAAUAUUAAAAAAGUGCCAAAAUUGCUUAAUACAAAACAUAUUUUGUGUAAGAAUGUUUUAUUUCUGUCACUGAUUAUUAUAUUAUAUAAGAUAAGAUAAGGUAAUUUUAUUUGAUAAAAAUAGAUCUAAAUAUAUAUAUACAUAUAAUAUAUUAUUAUUAUAUUUAGAAAUGCAAAUACAUUUAUGUUAUUUAAUUGUAGCUAUUUUUUAUGAAAUACUUUAUUUCAAUUUUGUAUUUUUAAUUGUAGAAUUAGAAUAAUUUUUAAGGAUGAAAAGCGGUUGCCGGACCACAGUAAACUUAAGCUCUAUUACGAGGAUAAAAGAGAGAAAAUAAUUUUUUUUAACUAAAAUAUACUUAAUAUAAGUCUAUAUUUUAAUAGUAAUUACUCAUUAGUAUUAGAAUUCUAUGAUAAUUUAUUCAUAAUAUUAAGGAUAGGUUUACAAAAUUAAUUUAUAAUAAAUAUAUUGUAUUCAAAAUGUGUUAAUGAAUAUGAUAUUAAUAACAUUUACACGUUGUAUUAGUAUCCUUUACUUUACCUGCAGUUUAUAUAUAUAUUGUAACAUAAAUAUAUUUCUAGAAUAAUACAAUGUAAUAGAACUUUAUUUAUACUAAUGAUAUAUCAAUAAAAUAAAUGUAUUAUUUCUUUAACUUUGAA